UCUCUGCAUUAAUUUUGCACCUCUACGUACGACUAAUUCUUCAGAUUUCUUUUUUCUUCUUUCUUCUUCCCUUCAUUAUGUCAACCAUGGACUCACAAAACUAUAAUGUUUAUGUCUCUGCGAUCUACUCCAGUAAUCCUAGAAACAGCAGUGCAUCUGUCUCAACUAACUGCUCCAUGUUCAGUAUUAAACUUCAAGUCAUGACAAGCUAUGUAUCGGAUGUUACUGUCUACAUGCCUAUGAAACACAAUUUAUUGGAAUCAUUCACCAAGUCGAGGUCGCCUGUGCCGCAGACGAUAAGAGAUCAUGGUCCACAAAAAUCUUUCACCUUUGAAUCAUGUCACUCUUUGACCAGAGACAUCAUCUCAGGGGUGAUAUCUGAAGCCAACAUCGGCUUCUCGCUGGAUAGGAUUCAAUGGAAAGGAAAUCCAAGAGAAGACUGGACUCGGCUAAAGAACCAGGAUGAUCUAUUUCGGUGCAUAUUGGAUAUAAUUACUCAUUCUUAUGACAAUGAGUUCACCUUGUUUUUGAUGAUCGACAGGAAAAUAAUUCUGCCACGCCAUGUGUAUGAGAGAAUGUAUUAUGCAAGAAGUGUUCUAAGAGAAGCACGUGAUGCAACUAGAAUGGUUUCUUUCAUGAACCAGCAGCAAGCUAGCUUAGGGAGGCCUUUCUUGCCUAGUAUAUGGCAGAAUACUAUUCAUCAGCCAUUAAGAGAUAGGGGUGAAAAACUUGGAUUUAAUUCGUACGAGUCAUUGAUUGAUCUUGCCUUUAGACAAUAUGCAGAACAAGAAGGAUGCAAGCUAACUCCGGCCACUAAAUCAUCGAUCCAAUCAUUAGAGGAGGUGAUCUUCGAUGGUAUUGAGUCCACAACAUUCUGCACAAUCUGUUUGGAAAACAUGGAAAUUGGUUCUCCAGUCACUUGCAUGCCAUGCUCCCACAGGCACAAGUUCCAUAAUCCUUGCGUUGUUCUUUGGCUUGAGAUUAGUCAUGUGUGCCCGCUAUGUCGCUUCGAGUUGCCAACCGAAUAG